CGCCUUUUCUCCAAGAAAAUAUGCAAUAAACCAUCUAUCAAAAAGCAAACAUGAUAACGACCUACUUGACCUCGUUAAAAACGAGGUUCAACCCCUUCAGUGCAUCAUCCAAAAUUCCGCGACUGUUCCUCACGCUCCUCCCCGCAGAUGCUCACAAGACCCUCAAGAUAUCCUCCACUGCUCUCCCGCGAACCUCCGCCGAACCCAGUACUUUGGAACUUGGAUUUAAAGACGGCAAAGUGGUGAAAUAUUCAUGGGGUGCUGAGGCGCCCCGACCGGCCAACCUGGAGGGAAAUCCGACGACGAGCGUGAACAAGGGAAAGAAAGGAUCCGGGGAGAGAGUGACUCUACACGACAUUGUGGAGGAAGUUGACAGGCACGCAAGAGUAUUGGCAAGGAAGGAAGAGCUGUCUGGCUGACCGGGUUCUCUGAUUCCGAAGAGCACCCAAGCCUUCUGAGGGUACCGCGAGGCAAAUAGGUCGGAGGGCAGACAUGUCCUAGAGUCAAAGAAUGGGAAGCUGAUGCGGAAGCGUGCGACACAUUCAAGCACGCAGGAGCUUACCAACUUUGCUCCUUACGAUGUCGAAAUCCGAUGCAGCAAACCCGGCACUAAGUAUUUGAUGGUCCGGAAGGACGGACGUCUAUUGAGGUGUCAAUGCAGGCUGCUCGGAGGUGUAGGAAUAUGGUCUCUUCGCAGAGACAGCAGAGACAUGCCUCAGCCUCGAUGGAUCAAUUGUGGCAGACAGCUGCGGUGGAAAAGACUUAUCUCUUCGGAGGAUGGAUCAACAUGUAUUAAAAGCGAGUUCAGGUAAUCACAGCUGUGACCUAUCUAUUCUGUUGUAUAUAUUACUGGCAGUCACAAUAUAUUUGUGAAUUGGGUCCUGGAGCAGGGAAAAGCAUGCG